UCUGUGCCAGGGAGGCACACAAACCAUUAUGAGCCGGACUCCCCACGGCACUGGAACAAUCCCAGUGCUUGGAGCCUCUGUUCUCAUGCGGUACUGCACAGGUUCUGAGUCAUGACGUAUUUACUGACAACGCCGUGCGAGUUUUCGCACGAGCGCACCAGCAGCUCGGUAAUGUACUUCUUGGUCAGAUAAACCUCCCCUUGCACCUCUGUCACUGCGCCUAUUAGUUCUUUUCUCUCGGCUAUCGGAAUCACCGGACCUGUCCGUUUGGAGAGCACAAUUCAAUUGGGAUUUUUCACCUUUCCUGGCAGAUUUGGAAAAGUUUUACCUCGAUUUUUCCAGAAACACUGUUUCAUUAUGGGGCGAGCCUGUCACCGAGAGCUCGCGCUCCUGCCGCUCCUGGGAUACUUGGCUUGCCUGACGCGCGCGGACGUUUCUCCAUUAGGACGUGUGUUCUUACUGGAAUUGGAGAGCUUUCCAAAAGGUGGACAGGAGAAAGGGUUCGAGGCAGCAACGCAUGCCUGUGUCGCUCAAGGGGCCCAGGUGGCAUCCGGGGCCAACCUGCAUCAUGCAGUGUUGGAAUGUGCCUUCUCAGCCUGCUCGCGUGGUUGGCUCUCUGGACCGAGUGUUGGGACUACAGUGUGCAGUGGCGUCCCGGGGAGUUUGAGGCCAGUUGAUGUGCAGUUGGAGAAUUUAACCGCGGACACUGAGAGGCUGGGCGUGUUCUGCGUGAAAGAUAGCGAUGCUCCAUGUGGGCAGCCACCUUUAUUCCCACACUCACAUCUGCAGGGGAAAACUGGUCUGGACCUGGGGGAUGAACUUCUGUAUACCUGUGACCAAGGAUACAAACUUCCCAAUGGAGAUACGGGCUUCAGUCUGCUUUGCGACAGUUGUGGAGAAUGGUACGGCCUGGUGCAGCAUUGCGUGAAAGCAGAUGAUCCUGAAGGCCACAUCGACUAUGAAGAUAAGUUCACAGAUGGCCAUCUCCUUGAGAAUCCGAGGGAGGAGCAUCAUAUUUCUUUGAAUCCAGGAGGAACGCAGUCCACUGUUCAUGAAGUAGAAGAAUCCUCUCCUGAGCCUGAGCCUGAGCCUGAGCCUGAGCCUGAGCCUGAGCCUGAGCCUGAGCCUGAGCCAGAGCCAGAGCCUGAGCGGACAGUCAUGUCUGAGGAGGAGAAGGAGAAUGAUGGAGAUUCAACUAUAUCAGUCACUGAACCUCCAGUGUCUCAACUCAGUCAGAAGCACAUGUUCUGGUUCCCUUCAGAGGCCUUCCAAGAAGAGAAGGAGCAGUCGGGUAUCACCACUGAUUCCUCCUCUGUUAAAAACCCCAGUGAAGAUGAGAGUCACAUGACGGUCAAAACAACCAACAGCCAGUCUGGUCCUGACAUUAUCGAAGAGGAAAGUGACUAUACGACAGAUCCUCCCACCGAUGAACCUACCAGUCCCAGUGCCGGCGGCUCAGACGAGUCCUGGCUAGAUGGAUACCCUGUUACUCAGGAUGAAGAUAAAGCUGGAGGUGAGUCCACAGGGGAGGCAGGGCCAGAACAAGGUGCGGAGUCAGAAACAGAGACCUUGACUGGCCACUCAGAAGUUGAGGUGUUUGAGGAUGUAACCAAAAACCCUGUGGAAGAAGAGACCAGGGGUUUCAUUGACAAGCCUGAGGAGGACGAAAAUGGAGAAAUAAAAAAUCCUGAGGACACAAUCCACAGGAAAGGAGACGAGGAGGAGCUCGGUAAAGGGACAACCAGAUUUGAAAAGGAAGAGUCUGUUGUAACACCUUAUGAGGAAACAACUGAAGGACUUUCAGAAGAUGAAAUGGCGAAAAAAACGUACACACCAGAGGAAACAGACUCUGAUGGAUCCAAAACAUUGGGGUUUGAUGGUGUUACUGACAGUCCAAAUGGUGUGGAGGUGAAGCCCACCACCUUCAUUACUGAGAUCACACCCAGUACAGAUGAUAUUGCUGUGCCCAUGUGGCCCAUGCCGUACACACCGGCUUCCGCUCCUGAAAACGUGAGCACCAGUCAAGGCGGCUUGGGCCCUGAAAACACAUCCACACCUUCUGGGAUGGUACAUCUGGAUGGGCCACCUGAUUAUGUCACCAGCAUGCCCACACCCGUCAUCAAGGAUCCAUGGGAAACCUUCGAUGACCACUUCCUGGAGCACAUCCCAGGUCAUGUCCCAACUGAAAACCCUGAAAAUCGGAGCGUGAUGGAACGAGGUGGAGAUCACAGCCUGGAUCAUCAGGAGCGGGCUGGAGAGGGUGCUUGUGCAGAAGACCCCUGUCACGGUUCAGGCCGUGGGCCCAUGAUCGCGGCCAUUAUCGUUGGCAUCAUAGCAGCGGUGGUGGGUGUGGUCUUGGGGGUGUGGUGUUAUAAAAAGAGGCAACAAAAGAGCUCUCACUACCAGCUCAAUGGAACUAACAGGCAAACACAGUGCAUUGAAUUACAACAGACUGUGUGAAAGUCAUACAGAUCCUCAUAAAGCCACACAGCUUACUCAACCAUCAAUACAUAGCCAUUUAUGUGUGAACAUUACAGUCUACGUCCACCAGGGCUCAGCAAAAUCCAGAGUAGAAAAAGUCUAUCUAUCUAUCUAUCUAUUGUUCUAUCAUCCAUCUUUCUAGAUAACAAAACUUUCUGUAACCAACAUUCAAAGUUGACAAACUUUGCUUUUCUAAUUUUGUAGUACAAUUAUAUUCAUUUCUUUACAUUUUUUAUUCACUGAAAUGUCCUUUAAAUUCAAGAAUUGCAUUGGAAAAUAAUCUUAAUUCAAUUGUGAAUGCCACACAACCCUGACUUUCACACUAACACAAGGUGUCUCUGUUUAACAGUCCUUUAUCGCACAAGGUUGGAUUGUUUAGUGCUUAUUUAGUUAGUAUUUCUUUAUAUUUUCAUUGUAUUGUGAAUAAUUGAUAUAUCAUGAAUCUGAUGUCUUCUCUUGCUUUGGACGGACUCCAUUGGACAUGUGUGUACGUGGUGCCCGUCUGUCCAGAUUUGUACGUGUUUAUAGCUUUGUCCAUUAGUGAGUAAGCGUGUGUAAGAGAAUCAUUGUGACUUUAGCCUAUUUUGAUUUUGAAAGAGAGCAGUCAGUUCAAAAGAGAGUGUGGUUGAACUGUGUGCGCAGUUGAGUUUCUACCUUGCAGACAGGUGAGACAUUCUGGUCAGAGGAACUGAGGGUGAAUUCUGAUUGGCUUUCAGCUCUUAUAGACCUAGAGCAGGCAGAAUAAAUAGCUUUCAUCCCUAAAUUUAGAAUACAAUGAGCAUUUGUUCAUUUCAGACCUUUUUCCUAUAAAUAAGUGAGUUUCUUGGGGUUGAGCUCAGGACUCAGAAAGAUUCACACUCACAGACAGGUGAGACAUUCUUCUCAGAGGAACUAAGGGUGGAUUCUGAUUGGCUUUCAACACAUUUACAGCUUAUUGAGUUUCAGUUUCUUUAAAAUAUAUGUAGUGCUAUAAAAGUUAUAUCAUAGCAGACUAUUUUCUACAUAACAUUUUCCCAAAUAUCUCAUUGAUGUUCAGUGCAAACGUUUUGGCCAUGUCUUAUACAAGAUAUUCAGCUCGUUCAUCACCUCCAGCAACGUUUAUGAGGCAUAUUUAUAUCAUGUGUAUUAUAAAUGUAAAAACUUCUUAGAUUUUAGAACUAGUGAAUUAAAACAAAAACACAAAUCAAACACAGAUAUGUCUAGAAUCACUUUUUAUUUCAAUUGUCAUACUGAGGUCAAACAUAUAGUAUGCUAUUUUUAGAUAAUAUUAAUAAUAGGUAAUUAAGUGUAGUAAAGUCAUUUAUUUCUAGGUGUUGUUAGAGCAAAUGUAGCAUUUUUAUAUUGUUUGAUUGAAUUAUAAAGUGAAGAAAAGUGGAGUAAAACUUCAUGAAUUUUGCAGGGUCAUUUGUAAGUAUCCAUUAAUGAUCGACUGACAGUAUUAACCUUAUCUAACUGUUUGGGUAAUUUUGAUUGUUGGCUGUUGUUGUUGUUGUUGUUGUCUUUUAAUAUGUUUUCCAGCCCUGACAUCUCUAUUUAGUAGAGAAGCUAGCACAGUCUUAUUUUACAUUAGCCAUUUAGAGGACGCUUUUAUCCAAAGAUACUUACAAAUGAUGAAAAUCACAAGCAAUUUAUCAUACAAGAGCCAAAAGGCUUGCAUUACCUUACAAAAUAAUCUCAUUUCUAGAUCAAGAAAUCAGUUCCAGUUGGCUGCUGUAGAUAUAUUUAAAGCUACAGUGGAUAAAUACAUGAACUUCUUACCAUAAAACUGGUAAUUUGCUAUAUGUGAGGUAAAUGUGGCCAUUGGAACUAUUUUAUUUGCUCUGAUAUCUUCUGAAGGUUAUUUUCUGAACUGUAAAGUGUUUUUAUUGUGAUGUGGAACUGUGAGACUUCAUACUCUUUGUUCUAUUAAUCUUUUCAAUUCCAUUUGAAGCUAAAACUGCUUGGUAAUAUCAACAUUACACUGUAACAAUGUCAGUUAGAUGUGACAUGAGGGUAUCUGACUAAACAUAGCUGUGGAAAACUAACGGAACAUUAACCAAUAAAUUACUUUGGGGGGAAAAUGGCCGCUUUAGUCUUCUUUGGUGUCAACAUUACUUAAAUAGGCUUAAAAAAACAUUUCCUUCCUAAAAUAGUGUCUCUGUACGUGUGUAAGAGCAGCAGAGCCAAAUCUGAUAUCACAAAAGAGGGACAUGUUUCUGUGUCUAUGCUGUCGUUUUUACCACAAAACAAAGACGAAACACUCAGAAACACUCCUGCAUACAAAUACUCACACAGCGGGAGAACAGAGACUUGUUUAAAUGUGUUUAAACAUGGAGUAUCUGUGCAGUUUAUCACACCAUAGUAGGAAAAACCCACAGAGAAAAGGAAAGAAGGGGUGGGGGAUGAGGAAAGAGAGAUGUGGAGGGAGUCUGGAUUAAAAAAUGACCGUCCACAUGCACUCUUAAAAGUAAAAGUGUUUUGCUUAAGGUCUAGUGUUUAGUCUUUUGCUAUUAUAUUUAGUCUGAAUGUUUACUGCUUUAAAGGGCAGGCAACACUGCUUCAGCCUUUGAAAUAGACAAGUUUGUUUGAGUUCUUCUACACAGCACCAUUUUACACAUAUUUUGAAUAAUAGCCAAGUGAACAUUUGUGAAGUUAUCAACAACAACAUAUUAGUGCCAACAUUUGGUCCAAACAGAUUGCGUGCGGCUUGGGAUAACCAAAACUUUGCUAAGCUCAGGGUCUUAAAGUAAGUCAGUCCUUCUGAAAUGCCAAAUGCACAA